GCCGUUUAACGUUAAUGGCGGCAAUGUGUAAAUAGUAUCGCUGAAAUGGAAAGGAAAGGCCGAAAAUCGGUGAAUGAUGACGAUGGGAACAGCUGUAGCGCCAUGGAAGCAGCUUCUCUUUGGUGCGAUCGAGGCGAAUUCUCACCUAAGCCACUCUUCUUAUGUUCAGCUCGCGACGAUUGGUUUAAAUGGACGGCCUUCGAAUCGCACCGUCGUAUUCAGGGGAUUUGAAGAGAACAGUGAUAGGAUUCAAAUCAACACCGAUUUUCGUAGUCGUAAGAUUGAAGAGCUUAGUCAUUGUCCGUAUUCCGAGAUAUGUUGGUAUUUCUCGGAUUCUUGGGAGCAAUUCCGGAUCAAUGGAAGAAUUGAGGUCAUUGAUGCGUCGAAUCCUGACCAGGCCAAGCUUCAGCAAAGAGAGAAAGCUUGGUUUGCUAAUUCUUUGAAGUCAAGGCUGAUUUACAUCUGUCCUACUCCUGGUAGUCCUUACAACAGCGAGCAACCAAAUCAAGAAGUUAAGUUAGAUCCCUCAAGUGGUCCAGUUGCUGAAUAUUGUCUGCUGCUUCUUGAGCCAGAAAAGGUUGAUUACUUGAAUCUGAAAAGCAAUCAGAGGUUUUUGUUUUCGUCGAUGGUUAGUGGAGCAGGAGAGAAAUGCUGGACUUCAGAAAAGGCUAACCCUUAAUUAAGUUAUAAUGUCUGAGGAGGUGAUCAAAGAAUCUCUUGUUUGUGUGGUGGAUUUUUCUUAUGUGAAUCGCCAGUUUGUAGCAAUUCAUAAUAUUUUCACUCUUGGCUUUCAAACAGUGUAAUGUGUAUUUUUGGAUUUUAUCAUACAUUGGAAAAUCUGAAUAAAAAAAUCUGAAUCUUUCUCUU